AGCAGCAGAGGCUUCUAGGAAAGCUCUUCUGGCCAAAAGCAGGGGCUCAAGGUGGGGCGAGGGCUGUAAACCCCAAGUGGCCUCUGGCUCCAGCCAAGAGAAGAACCACUGAGGAAAGGCCUGUGCUCUGACCACCUGCAUUUAAGAACCUCCUGUACAGGGUCCUGUCUUUACUCCUAGGAGUCGAGGCUCAAAAACUAGAGUGUAAAAGGACUAACAGGAUCUUCCUUUGAUUAUCUAACAGGGGGAGGGAUAAGAGGAUAGAAGUUGGGAAGUCAGGAAUGAAAAUAAUUAUUUUUCCUAAUGGAAGGUGCAAAAAUUUGACCUUCCCAAACAAUUCCCUUCCUACCACUCCACCGUGGGAAUGAAAAAACAAAACAAAACAAAACAAAAAAACGGGAAUUUCUAUUAUCCAAAAGUUCAUUGAGGAUGUGGCAGGGUAAUCAACGUCAUCACCUCUGGGGACUUCCAGUCAAGGGAGGGCAGGUCAGAUCAAGAAGCCCAGCUUCCCACGGGAGAGCUACGCGUGUAAUGGAAAGAGUGAGCAGGACUUAAGUCCGAGGAGCCUAGCUAGGCUUGUGCCAGCCACUUUGCAAGCUAACUGCUCUUAGGCAAGUUACUUAAUUCUUCUGAAAUCCUCUCCUCUUCUCAAAGGAGGUAACCGUGGUGAUCUUUGUAAGGUGGGAUUAUGAAAACUUUCAUUUCCUAUCUAAUCAAUGAAUCAUUUAAAUUUCACAGAAUGUAUCAACUGCUGCAACCAAAAAAAGACAAAAGAUUUUUAAAAAUAUUUAAUGAGAAAAAAUAGUUUUCUAAACGAUCUCCAUGAAGCACUCACAUAGCAGAAAAAGAAAAGCAAUCCUGACCACCAUCACAGAGGCACCAUGGCUCAGAUUCAGGUCCUCAGGAAGCAGUGAAGACCGAAUCCACGAGAAUAAAUCUUGGGUAAAAGAAAAACAUCUGAAAACCCCCUCACUGGAUGAAGGUGAGAGAAGAUUAUAAAUGCCAGAGCCAUUUAACUGAUGGUUAGCUGUUGACACUUCUCUAAAUACCUUCUUGCACCAAGGUCUUCACUGGGAAGAAUUCGGGGGAAAUAGCCGUGGAAAAGAGAGUCAACACUUACAUGUACCAUGGCUAUACCUAUAACAGUGCUUGAUUGCGACCUCUUACUGUAUGGCCGAGGCCACCGGACAUUGGACCGUUUUAAGUUGGAUGAUGUGACUGACGACUACUUGAUGUCCAUGUAUGGGUUUCCUCGGCAGUUCAUUUAUUACUUGGUGGAGCUCUUGGGAGCGAGUCUUUCUAGACCUACUCAGAGAUCCAGGGCUAUUAGCCCAGAGACACAGAUCCUGGCAGCACUGGGCUUUUAUACUUCAGGUUCCUUCCAGACUCGGAUGGGAGAUGCUAUCGGAAUCAGUCAGGCAUCUAUGAGUCGAUGUGUUGCCAAUGUCACCGAAGCGCUUGUGGAAAGAGCCUCACAGAUCAUUCGCUUUCCCGCUGACGAAGCCUCCAUUCAGACUCUGAAGGAUGAAUUCUAUGGGUUGGCUGGGAUGCCAGGGGUAAUAGGCGUGGUUGACUGUAUCCAUGUGGCAAUCAAGGCACCAAAUGCUGAAGACCUCUCCUACGUGAACCACAAAGGUCUGCAUUCUUUAAACUGCCUGAUGGUGUGUGACAUCAGAGGGGCACUAAUGGCGGUGGAAACAAACUGGCCAGGCAGCCUGCAGGACUAUGCUGUGCUGCAGCAGUCUUCUCUCAGCAGUCAGUUUGAAGCUGGAAUGCACAAAGAUAGCUGGCUGCUUGGUGACAGUUCCUUCUUUCUCCGUACCUGGCUUAUGACACCACUUCACAUUCAUGAGACUCCAGCUGAAUACCGCUAUAAUAUGGCCCAUUCUGCAACUCACAGUGUGAUUGAAAAGACUUUCCGAACACUCUGCUCCCGAUUCCGCUGCCUGGAUGGGUCCAAGGGGGCACUACAGUACUCACCAGAGAAGUCCAGCCACAUCAUCUUAGCGUGUUGUGUCCUCCACAACAUCUCCUUGGAGCAUGGGAUGGAUAUUUGGUCCUCUCCAAUGACAGGACCCAUGGAACAACCCCCCGAGGAAGAGUAUGAGCACAUGGAGUCCCUGGACCUAGAGGCUGACCGGAUCCGUCAAGAGCUGAUAUUCACUCAUUUUAGCUAAUGUGAAAGGUGGGGAGGAGGAGGGAAACUUUCCAGAAGGAGCUGUGACAAACUUUCUCCCUCACCAGCCACUACACAGUUCCAUCAUCUAGCAUGACUGAGUGUGGACACUUGUCACAAAUUGACAUUUAAUCUGCAUGUUUUUUAGAAGAGUUGGGGCUAUACCAGAAUAUUUUGAUUCAUUUGUAUUUCUAUUAUUAUUAACUAAACAAAAAAUCAGGACAACACUUCCGUAGUAUGCGUUGAACUCCAGGUUGAGCCUCAGUUAUUUGAAAGCUCACUGGUUGCUGACAUUUAUGAUUCAUCAAAGCAAAGGAGAAAAUGGCAUCUAGCCAGAACACUUUCUUUUUGUUUCCAUUAUCUGGAGAUUUCAAAUGAAAAUAAUAUUUAUUUGUCCUGAAUUAUUUGGGUGGCAUUUUAGCUUUUCUACUUUGCUGCCUAGAUAGGCAUAAUUUGAGGCAAGUGGCUGGUGUGGCUCAGUGGUUGAGCAUCGAUCCACAAACCAGGAAGUUACAGUUAGUUUCUGGUCAGGGCAUAUGCCCAGGUAGUGGGCUCUAUUCCCAGUAGGGAGUGUGCAGGAGGCA